UGGUCUUCGAUGUUUUGUUUCACCUCGACUGGGAGGCGCCUGACAAUAGGCGCGUUUGUGGGUUGAAACUGACUCCGAGAAGCCCUGAGUGAGUCAAAGAUUUGAUAGAUGGCCUGUGGGAAGGCGAUGCGAGUGUAGGUGGUCAGGCUUGUGUGUGGCAGGGAUUUCCAGUCGUGUGGAACCACAUCACGAUACAUCCUGUGUUCGGACGGUUCCGAACAGGGUCUGAAGCUUCCCCGAGCGCGGUACAACUCUCCCGGCGGCAACAUGGAGAGAAAUAUAGCGGUGACGUUGGUACUGUUGGCGCUGUGUGUGUCCACGGCGUCCGCUGUGAGAGGUACAUCCUGGGAGGCGCAGUUGUUGGAACACCUUCUGCAGAACCACGACUCGGAGCCGAGACCGGUGCUGAACAGCUCGCACGCCGUCACCGUCAAGAUAGACGCCGCUCUGGCACAGAUCAUCGCGGUGGAUUCAAAGAAUCAACAGGUCACUGUGAAUUUAUGGUACCGGUCGUACUGGACGGACGAGACGAUGAGUUGGAACGCGUCCCAGUUCGGCGGGGUGAGCGCCAUCAGAGUCAGCAGUGAGAAGAUCUGGCGUCCCGACAUCGUGGUCUAUAACAGCUUGGGAGCGUACUCGGACGCCUUUGCGGACUCGGAGGCGACCAUCUACUCCGACGGGAGCCUGUCGUGGCUGUACCCGGUCAUCCUCACCUUCACCUGCGCCAUCGACGUCACGUACUUCCCGUACGACGAACAGACGUGCGAGAUGCAGUUCGGCUCCUGGUCGUUUGACGGCUUCAAACUUGACGUCCACAACAGGUCAGCCCAGCCUGAUUCUGGAAACUAUCUGGAGAACGAGGAGUGGGAGCUCGGAAGCUACACGGUUCGCCGUGAGGAGUUUUUCUACGGCUGCUGCCCGGAGCCGUACCCGGUGGUGACCAUGUCCAUCUUCAUCCGCCGGAAGACGCUCUACUACAACUACAACGUCGUGGCGCCGUGUAUCCUCAUCGUGUUCGUCAGCUUGUUCGGGUUCUGGGUGCCUGCUGAGUGCGGUGAGAAGCUGUCCCUGGGUGUGACUAUGUUGCUGUCGCUGGUCGUGUUCAUGCAGAUCGUGUCACAAACGUUACCGGCCACGUCAACAUCCGUGCCGUACAUAGCCCAGUUUUUCGGAGGUACCAUUAUCCUGGUGGGGGUGUCCGUGUCCCUCUCGGCGUUCGGAAUUUACUUCCACUUCCACGAGCUGAACCUGAAGCCGCCGCCAACAUGGCUCAGGACCAUCCUCUUCGUGGACGGCUACAAACCCUGGCAACUCAUCAAGAACAGGAAGAAGAAGAAGGUGGAGCCCACCGUCAUCGCUAAUGAGGGGCUCGAGGUCGUGUCCAUGGAUGAGAAGGAGAAGGAAGCAGCAGAGAUAAACGCCAAAGUGUCGCGGUUCGGACAUAACGGAAACAACAACACCGGCCUGGGCGUGCAGGUCACCACACACAUGGAGAAAAUCGACCAGAACGUCGAGGCGCUGAGAAAGACGUCAGACGAGAACGAGGAGCAGGAGGGUCUGCGGGACAUGUGGAAGACCCUGGCGGUACAGCUGGACAAGGUGCUGAUGAUCGGCAUCCUGGUGGCGUUCGUCGUCAUGACCGCCGCCAUGUUCGCCUCCCUGCCACCGGGCAUCCUGCGCUAAAACGGGCCCAACAGUUCCGCGCCCGAUGAGGACAAUGUGUUAUAACAUUAUUGAAGUAUAUACAACAGCUAGCGAUUCUUACUUUAUCAUAUUAGAGUCAGAAAGUACAUGUAACUAGUCUUCAAGCAGAUCUUUCGGUGGCCGCAAAGACAGUAUCAAAUUGACCAGAAAAUCUGAUACUGUCUUUUGCCGCCACUGAAAGUUCUGCUUGGAGAUUACAUGUAACACCAACUAUUACACGUCCAUUUUUAUGACCCUAAUAUAUAUAGUACGAAUAUCUAGAUGUUAUACUUGUUACAGUGUGUUACAAUACAUUGUACCUGUCUGGAAAUGUUGUUUAUUUUUCAUACAUGCUUGCAGUGCUUGUACUAUCACAGCAAAACUAUAGCUAUUGAACCACGCUGCUAGAAUCGAAUAGAAUAAAUGAAAAUUAAAGAAUGUACAUAUAGUAAAAAGUAUGUAUGGUAAAGAGCAAGAUGUCAUCAAUGUGACUGUUUGUCAUCCGAUGUUCAUAUUAAUAAGAUAUCAUUACCAUUCGGUGUUAAAUAUACAUCGAUAGUUGCAAGCAUCAAAAUGCUUUUAUAUUGAAACUUUUACAGUAGAAUAGAAAAAGUUUCAAACUAGAACUUCUUAUCUAAGAGUGUGACAGGGACUAGAAAUGCCAACUUCAAGAGUUUUCUCUUAACACUAUGGGAGUGUGAUGUGGAGUAAAAUAGUGGUGUGACCUCAGAGGGCAAGAACUAUUUUCACAGUGGUUAUAGAUCUGUACAUGUAUGUAAAUAUAUUUUAUACUACAAAAAUGCUGCUAUAAGAUCUUAAUGUCAUAAAUUCUCUAGUAACUUGUUAAGUGAGAAUGAGUGGAGAACGAGACAAGUAAACACCCAGGGGCUAUUGAAAGUAACUACAUUUAUGUAUAUAUUCAAAGAAAUAAUUGCCAUGCUACCGCACUGUGCGAUUUAAUUUUUGUUUACUAUGAUGUCUGUUGACAGAGACGCUACGUUGACAAUUGCAGCAUUGCUUUGUUGUGAGAUCUUAAUUUUGUGUGACACGAUUGUUCGAUUUUUGCUAAGCUUUUUAUUACAAGUGUUUCUCUGACAAGGUGGUUUUUGCCAUAUGUGUUUUGCUUAUGCCUACAAUAAAUAAACACUUAUAAGGAA